AUGUGGGAAAACGAGGGGUGCCGCACGUGUGCGCUGUACGAGCGGCAAGCGCUGUGGUACAAGGAUGGGUGCUUUGGCACGUGGGCUGUGUGCUCCAGCAACUUCAGCGACCGCGACCAGUGCUUCUGUCUUUCUCAACUCCGUUUCCCCUUCUCCCCAUUGCCCCCGGUGACACAGCUGGACCACGGGCAGUGCCGCAUGUGUGCGCUGUACGAGCGGCAAGCGCUGUGGUACAAGGAUGGGUGCUUUGGCACGUGGGCUGUGUGCUCCAGCAACUUCAGCGACCGCGACCAGUGCUUCUGUCUUUCUCAACUCCGUUUCCCCUUCUCCCCAUUGCCCGUUUCCCACCCUCCUCCUUCUCUCCCUCCCCCUUCUCCCCAUCCCCCCCUUUCCCACUGUCCCCCCAUCGCCCCCCUGCCAACACUCUCCCCUUCCUUCCAGCCGGUGACACAGCUGGACCACGGGCAGUGCCGCACGUGUGCGCUGUACGAGCGGCAAGCGCUGUGGUACAAGGAUGGGUGCUUUGGCACGUGGGCUGUGUGCUCCAGCAACUUCAGCGACCGCGACAGCAGGGGCCUCUUCACGUUUCUGCAGCCGGGUAGCUUCCACGCCAACCUGGCGUGCUACGCUUGUAACCACACGGGGGUGGCACAUGCUGCGCCAGAAGCCCCCACUAGCGCAGACACAGGCGCCGACGUGAGUGUGUUUCUGUGGAUGUCGGUGGUGGUAGCAGGCAUGGGCAUAGUCAUCAUUAUUGCUGCCUGCAGCGUCUUCCUUGCAGCCGAGCCUGAAGCUGAGGCAGAGCGCGUCCGUUUGGAGGGAGAACGGGCCAAGUUCAUUGAGAUGGGCGGGGGAAAGUCGGACGGACGGCCGAGAUUUCACGACGGGUAUCACUACGAGGGGAGUGAGGAUGAGGAUAAAGGGGAACAUAAGCGGCAUGGGCAGCAGCACCGGGCGGAGUUUUCUGGGAGGUUCCGGGAUGAAGCAGGCGACGUGUUGAGUGAUAUUGACGAAGAGGAUGAGGAGGAGACUACAGGGUUAUUCCCAAUGCAUCACACACACUCAUCUGCUGUGCCUGGCGCACCAAGAAGGGCUCAGCCUCAGCUUCCCGUGUCCUCCGUUCCUGCCCCUGUUCCUGCUGCUGCUGCUGCUGGUACGGGCAUUGCUGCUGCUGGUCUUACCACCACUCCUACUGGUGCUGGGGGUGUCAGGGAGUCUCCCAAUCUAGUUGAAGUUUCCAUAUUGCAAAGCCCCCCAGGACGGCCGUUUGAAGCAACACCCAACCCGACAACAGCAGCUGCAUACUACCAUGAGUGGUAA